AGUUUCGUGGGAGAAUGCUUCGAACUAGCGCUCGGUGCAGACUCCGAAAACAACAAAUCAGUGAAUCGCGUGGAGUGGAGCGCGGAAAAACGAUGUCGCGUAUGUGAAAUUAACAAAAUGAUUAAUAGUCAAGAGACAUCUCAGCUACAUGUCUGAAGAAAAAUGUUCAUGGUGUGUGUGCGCGAGAUUAUAAAUUUAUUUGACUUGUCCAAAGUUAAUUGAGAACUGAAAUGUCGAGUGAGACAAUAACCGUACGUUAUUUGAAAGAGUUUUGUGAAAUGAAAAUGACAAACAUUUUUAAUGAUAAAAACGAACAAUGUUAAUACUGACACAUGUUUUGCUGUCUUUCACGGUAUAAAUGCGCUAGCAAUUUGAAGAUUUUUCAAAUAGACGUGUCACACGCGUGUGAUUAGUUUUUUUAAAACUCUCGUGAUGCUACAGUGAUUUUUGUGUGACUAUAGUAAAAUGCUGCACUGAAAUUUAGAAGAAUGUCACGUUAUUCGUUUGGUUAUCUAUCAAGUCUUCUAUUUCAUCUUUAUAUUUACGGGUGCGCGACGGCGCUGCGCGAGGUGCGGCUGUGGGUGCCCGAGGCCGUGCGCUCGGGCCACGCCGUCAAGCUGGCGUGCGACUACGACCUGGAGGAGGCGGCGCUCUACUCCAUCAAGUGGUACCGCGGCGACCAGGAGUUCUACCGCUACGUGCCCAAGGAGUCGCCGCCCACGCGCGUCUUCGCGCUGCCCGGCAUCCACGUGGACCUAUGGUACUUAGUUUUUGAAAUUGAUUUUAGAUUCGGUAAAACAUUGUUUUAAUAAGAUCUAUAACAUUAAUAGUUACUUGAUUAAGAUACCCAUUUUAAGGCUACAAUGUAUACGUAUCGGUUUAAUGUGCUUUGUAAUUGAUUGCAGGUAUAUACUCUACUCUUUUAUGAGUGAGCUUCUUCAUCAAAUUCCCCUUUUCCAUUUCAAGCCAUACUCUACGAUUUCUACGUGCAUUUCUACUUUCGUUUGCUUUAUAGUGCAAUGCCAUUCAAAAAAAUUCUCAACUCGGACAGCCUCUUUAUAUGGAGGCGUUGGCGCCCGCCGGAAUUCUAGGUUAUUCUGGAAGCAGCCAUCUUGCGUGUUUGAUAUCUGAGAGAAUCGAACUGAGUUACGAUGUUCCGGACUGAGUAACGGAUUUUUCACGAACAGUCGUUUGGCUCGAAGAAAUUUAAAGAGAAACACCUACAUUUUCAUUGUUUCGAUGCUGCUCUUUAAAGAAGAGAGAUUCAUUUUAUGGUUGAAUGUUUUAUUGACAUAAAUAUUAGCUCUGAAUAAAAUAAGUGUGUGGUUUUAAAGUGCAAAGAAUCUUGUUACGAGGUUAAUUACAUUGGAUUUUGAAUGAUAAAUGAAGGUAAAAGUAGAAUAUAAAUAACUGAAUAUUCUACAUACAGCAGUUGGGUAACCAGAUUGUUUCUGUUCAAUAGGUCUUUGACGCCGGUGUAUCUAGAUGUGGGGAAUAAUUUGUUUCGAAUCCUUGAACAUUCUAAGU